AAUGAAACCUCUGGGGGAGAUUUUAUUUUGCUUGGAUUCUCAGACCAGCCUCAAUUGGAGGUCCCUUUCGUGGUGGUGUUGAUAUCCUAUCUUUUGACCCUCCUGGGCAACACAGCCAUCAUCCUGGUCUCCUGCCUGGACUGCAGACUUCACACACCUAUGUAUUUCUUCCUCACAAAUCUCUCCUCUCUUGACCUUUGCUUCACCACCAGCAUCGUCCCCCAGCUCCUCUGGAACCGGAAGGGACCAGCCAAGACCAUCACGCCAACAGGCUGUGCCAUACAACUCUAUGUGUCCCUCUCCCUGGGCUCCACUGAGUGUGUUCUCCUUACCAUCAUGGCAUUUGACCGCUACGUGGCAGUCUGCAGACCUCUUAAUUACACUAGCAUCAUGCACCCAUCAUUUUGCAAGGCCUUAGCAGGAGUAGCAUGGCUCAGUGGAGUAGGAAACACUCUCAUCCAAGGAACCAUCACCCUUCGGCUUCCUCGAUGUGGACAUCGCCACCUGCACCACUUCUGUGAAGUGCCCGCCAUGAUCAAGUUGGCCUGUGUGGACAUCCAAGCAAAUGAAGUCCAGCUUUUUGUGGCCACGUUAGUCCUCCUUCUUCUUCCUGUGGCAUUGAUAUUGGUCUCCUACGGAUUCAUUGUCCAAGCCGUGAUGAAAAUUAAGUCCGUCCAAGCUUGGCGCAAGGCUCUCGGGACCUGUGGUUCCCAUCUUCUGGUGGUGUUCCUCUUCUUUGGGCCCAGCUCGGCCAUAUACAUUCAACCAAAGAGAUCCUACGGCCGAAGUCAGGGCAAGUUCCUUACACUCUUUUAUACUGUUGUCACCCCCACACUCAACCCCCUGAUAUAUACUCUGCGGAACAAGGAUGUGAAGGGAGCCCUGGGAAGACUGCUGAGAUGAGGACAAAGUUCCUAAGGAAAAAUCAGGGAAAUAGUGACUUUCUGUUAAGGAAAGUAAUUAAAGAGACCUAAGAUUAAAUCACUCCUCCCAAGUAGAAAGUAUGUGUGUUGCUUACUUCUCUGUCUGUAUUUAAGUGUAACGUGGCUAACACGGUUUAGAAAAAAGCAGCGCGUUUAGAUUCAACUUGAACAGCUCAUGGAACCUCAUGUGUGUAUGAGUGCAUGUGUGGUAUACACAUACUCACGCUUCCUUUUAUUAAACGUCUUUGAAGGGCUGCAGUACAGGUUCAGAUCGGGAGAUUCUGUAAUCUACCCAACAUAUAUGUGCUUACAUGUCCGACUAGGGAAUUAAAUAGUGUUUGAUAUAUAAAUAGAAAAUUGAGAAGUAUAUGCUAGUGUGAGGAAAUUACAGUAGUAUUUUCUUUGUUAAGGAGCCCUGCUAUGAUAUUAUUUAAAACAUUUUGUACACAGUAUUCCAAUUAUUUCAAG